GACUGUGAAUGCAGAGGAUUUCCGAGUCCCAAUUUUGAGGAAGCCCCGGAUGUCUCGUUAAGUUCAUGGCUGUGGGAAGAGGUUUCCUGGUUCUGGGGCUCCUAGAGGGGUCUUUUCGGUUGCUGGAGGGCUGCCGUAUCCUCCAGUGAACAGGUUCAGGAGCUCUUUGCGAGGUCUGAGCGCCUCUCCGAUAACCGAGGGACUGUUGCUCUCUACCUGCCGGUGCUGACUGCCAGUUUCGCAUGUUAUUCUUUUAAGUUGAUCUGAGAAGGCCCACUUCUUGUUCGAGGGAUGAUGGCAUUUGAGCAGAUACCAAAAAAGGAUUGGUACAGCAUUCUGGAGGCAGACCCAUCUGCAAGUGUGUCAGACCUGAAGCAAAAGUAUCAAAAACUCAUAUUAAUGUAUCAUCCGGAUAAACAAAGUGCAGAUGUACCAGCAGGAACAGUGGAGGAAUGUAUACAGAAGUUCAUCGAAGUUGAUCAGGCAUGGAAAAUUCUAGGGAAUGAAGAAACAAAAAAAGAGUAUGACCUGCAGCGGCAUGAAGAUGAUCUAAGAAAUAUGGGACCAGUAGAUGCUCGAGUAUAUCUUGAAGAAAUGUCUUGGAAUGAAGAUGAUGAUUCUUUUUCUCUGAGUUGUCGAUGUGGUGGAAAAUACAGUGUUUCCAAGGAUGAAGCAGAAGAAGUGACGCUGAUUUCUUGUGAUAUGUGUUCACUAGUUAUAGAACUCCUUCAUUAUCGCUGAGAUUGUUCACUAAGUGGAAUUCUUUAGUGUAUUCAGACACAUGGAGGAAAAUCUACUCCACCUUUGUCCAUUCAGGCAAAUGUAUAAAGCUGAUUAAAAAAAAGGAUUCUUUUUUGUCAGCUCUAUUAUUUGCAGAAAAAAAUAUAAGACUGUCGAAGUCCACCUAGAUUAAUAGAAAAUUAAUUUCAUUAUUCAUAUGUAUUUACAUUUUAUAUUUACAGAUCGCUAAGAAAGGGGGCUUGAAUUAAAAAUUAUAUUUAGUGAAUUCCCAUCUGAGAAGUUUAUUAUUGGUGCAUUUUCUCCUUGGUACAAAAUAUAAGAAUUUUCCUUUCUUCAUAUAAGUGUGUCUCAUCUUUUAAUGGGUCACAGUAUCAUCAUAAUCCUUUAUAGUUGCUAAGUUUUUGAAGUAACAUAUUUCUAGCUGCUAAAGUUAUAGGCCUUUUGUACAACUAUUUCAAAUCUCAGGUCAUUAGAAUUAAGUUAGAAUCUUCGUGAAUAACAUGUGAGCCUAGCUCUCCCAUGAUGAAGGCUAUGGAUAUUCAUGAGUUAUUUCAAAGUUAGUAAAGUGAAAUGGCAACCGGAGAAAGGAGGAGAGCCUUGGAGUCAGAAAACCGUGGCCACUGCGUUGCUGGUAUGAUGAAGUGGACUUUUUUAAUGUGUUAUUAUUGAUUAUAGUAAAGCUUUUAUUUUUCUAUAUAUUUAAUAUUCUAUGGACCGUAUGAGUCAGAACUCAUUUAAAAAAUUUUAAGGAAUCCUUUAUAGGAUCACUGAAACAUUCUUCCUUAAUUUCAAACGAGUAAGCCAAGCAUGUGACUUAGCUUUUUAUUAGGUCAGACUCUUGGUUUAUUGUUGGUGUGGACUUAUAAGACUAGUUAGUACUCUGCCUUGUAAAUGUAGCUAAAGUAUGAGGCAUAUUCAAGAGGAGUAAAUUACUUUCCUUAUACCUGUACAACCAAAAAUUUGAAAGUGAGGUUGUUCCAGGUUUUCCCUAAAAAUAUUUUCGUAUCAGAAUUUAGACGACUUAUUUUGGAUUACACUUUUAUCCAUAUAUUUUGAACAAAUAUAGCUUGCAAGAGUGGGUGUUGCUUAUUCUUUACAUUUAACAAUUAAAAAUAACUCAAACUGAAUAGCAAAUAGUUUAUUAGUAAGUACAUGGUUUCAGUGACAAUAAAUUCACUUUAGCAGAAGACAAUAAUCAAAUCAAAAGAAUAAA